AUGCCGCCCAUCCUCCUCCCUCCCCCUCCGGCCGGAAUCCAGACACCCACCGACGACUGGACCGAUGAUCCCUCUUUUGACCUCUCCCUCUCGCCCUCCCUCAGCACCUCCAACAACCUGAUCACUUCGCCCAAAUCCUCUCCUUCGCACUCGCAACCACACUCGCGCUCACACUCGCACUCGUCGUCCUCCUCGUCCAGGGGCUCAGGCGGGCACAUGAAUAGCCCCCUGCGCCAGAUCUACACGUCGAAACCUACGUUGGGCAAGGGUUUGGCGCGUCGAGAUACGCUGGAGGAGGAGGCGGAAGACGGUUUUGACUUUCCAGAGGAUUUGUACCUGGGGGAUGGGGACGAUAAGGAUGGGGGAACGCUGAAGCUCAGCGGAAUGGCGGUGCAGCAGGCGAAGCCAGCCCGGGCGGGGAUGGGCACGAUUGGGUUGUCCGGAACAGUCAUUGGUGUUGGACCGCAAGGGGUGGGGACGAUAACGCGCCUUGGGCCGUCUACUUCCGCGUCGAAAGGCGCGGUCAAGUCGCUAGGAGGGAAGAUGAUGAACGGCGCGAGCGAGAAGGGGGAUCUGGGGUUUGACGGGGACGACAUGGACGGGUUCGACGAUGAUUUCGACCUUCCAUCAAAACCCCUCAGCCUGGCCAAGGCCCCAACCGGUCUUGCCCUUCCUCCGCUCAAAAGUCGCGUCAGUGCACCGGCGGACGCGCUCGACGAGCUCGACUUUGACUUUGACGACGAGCUCGGCGAAGCGGAGGAUCAAGCGACGCUCAAAGCUGGCGCUACCAUCAAAGCUCUACUUCCUCCGCCAAAACCCAAAUCGUCGUCGAUCAGUACACCUCUUAAUAACUCAUCUGCACCGGCAGACGACGACGACAUGGACCUCGUCCUCCCCCUCAGCAUGACCAACCUCACCCUCGCCACCGCCUCCACCCGCUCCCAAUCCUCCUCGAAACAUCUCAAACCGCGCGCAUCUACCUCUACUAUCCAUACGGACUGGGACUCGCCCUCGCCCUCGUCCGCCUCGGGCUCUGGGCCUAGCUCGGGCAGGAAGGCGAUCUGGGAUGACUCCAGCCCCUGGGGUAAACGGCCUGGACAGUCAGAAACUAGCGGGACGAGCACGGGUCUGUCCGAGCUGGGCACGCCGGUCCGGAAAGGGCGGGCGGUGGAUGUGGAGGUGGAGGGCGAGGAAGAAGGAGAGGAAAUGAUGAUGGGCCUGGUCCUGCCGGAAGUGGGCUUCUUUGAGGGGCGGAGAGAAGGCGAGCUGAAUCGCAUCCUCGAUAAGAAACGGAAACCGCAAGACGCGUUCGUGUCGGCGGUGGGGCAGGACCAGCCGGGAUGGGGCAGAAAGGCGGGACUGCUAGCGGACGAGAGUAUGGAGGAUGGGUUAUUGUUUGAGGAUCCGGGCCGGGAGUUGACGGGGCACCGGCUGCGGCAGCAGAGGAAGGUUCGGGGGAUGGCGGGCGGGACGGUGAAGAAGGGGAGUGGGGGGAAGGUGUCUUCUGCGGUGGGAUCGUGGGAGAAGGCGAGGGAAGCGGGUUGGGGAAGGCAUACGCCUUUACCGACAGUCCCGAGGGAGAGGGAGAGGGAGAAGGAGAGGGUAUCAGGCGGUCUGGGAUCGGGCGGGAUAGGGGGAUCAGGCGUCAGCGUCGGACACCGGAGCCAUUCGACCACCGCUCGAGAACGCGACUCGGCUCCUCGUACCCGCACUCAAUCGAUGGCUCCCCCGCCCAUCCCCUCCAUACCCUCCACUCCGUCCAGCCGGCUCAGACACCAGAAAAGCCACUAUCAAGUCUCUGCGCCAUCACCUUCCCCUACCCACUCGAUCGCGCGGAAGCAGUCCCUCGCCUCGCUCCAGGAUGCGCUCGUACAGCAACCUCCGCCCGUACCUACCGUUGAGCGGAAUGAGCAAGAUCGGUCUCGGAGCGAAACGGCCACUCCAUCGAAAGAGCGGUAUCACGCCUCGACAUCCCGACUGACCAUGGGAACAAGCUCGUCACGCGCCAAAGUCCGGCCUCCUAUUUCCGCCAUUUUCCCUCGGUCAGAACACCCCUCCUCCACAGGCGGGAUGUACACGAACCACUCGGCGUCGAGCUCGUCUACUUCUAUAUCGGGCUUGACGAGGGCGUCGGCAUCGGCGCCGGGGCAGUCAAGUGGGACCGGGCGGAGAGUAUCGCCCGUUCUGCCCCAGAGUCAGAUGGUCGUCCCGCUCGGAGGGAGAAGGAAGGGUGGGCCAGGGGAGAAGAAGCGGAAUUGGGGGGAUGGGACCGAGUUGGAGGGGAUUGAGGAUCUGGAGGUGGAUGAGCCGACUGUGCGGGCUGGGUCGGGGAUGAGUGGGCAUAAUGGCAUAGGUCUGGGCAAACCGAGUAGGAAAGGUGAGUACUUAGCUGAUAACGCAGGAGAUAGUCUGGGCAGAUCCGCCGUGCCCCCGCCAAAACCUGCUCCAGAAGCGGACAAGCGGAAAAAAUCGAAUGGGGGAAGCGUGUCGAAGCGGAGACCGAGAAAGGCGGCGGGUCUUAUCAAGCACCUCGGAACGGUGGACAAGAAGAAGGUGGUCGGCGAUAUGACCUGGAACCCUGCUACUCUACGCUGGGAAGGAAACGAAUCGAUCCUCCGAGACUUUGACGCCAGUCCGUCCGGCACACCCACCACCUCCUCCGCUCCCACCCGUCCUGCUCUCAUCACGCACUACACCGGCGGCGUUGUCCCGCUCGCUACGUCCUCCUCUACCCCAUCGUCAUCCGGUACUAUGAGCCUCACCGCGGCGUCGACUAUCCGGAUCGUCGGCGACAUGCAGUUCGACCCAGAACGGAUGUGCUGGGUGUCCAUAGGCGAAGAAGAGCCCGACCCAUUCGCCGAUAUGGCAGAUGACGAAGAUGACGAGGGCGGUCGAGGUGGAAGUACCAUCACGCGCGCGACGGGACGGAAACUCGUUUCGGUCGGUACGGGACUAGGUGUCUCGGCGGGCUCUGGGUGGAGUUCGAGGUUGGCGUCCGAGUCGUCUGCUGGGGGGAGCGUGAUAAGCUGGGAAGAGCGUGUGCGGGUCCGCGAGGGAGAGGUCAGUCAGGAGAUGUGGAGGGAGUGUAAAGAGGCAGAAGAACGGCAUAGGCGGGAAAUGAAGGGAUGGGGUGGGGGGUUGGGGUCCAGAGGGCAAGAUUUGAGUAGGGAGGAGAGGAGGGACAGGGAACGGAGAGAGGAGAAGAGACUGUGGGAGAUUAGGUAUCUAGCUAUGAGGAGUUGA